AUGUUCGGAACUGUUGUGAUGUUCUCUUUGUUCUUCACAAUUGGCUCAAUCCAAAUUGGUAAAAUAGAAAAUCGCAUUCUCAUGGGUAUUUCCAUUCAGUUACUAUCAAAUACAAGUCAAAACCAAUGUAUCUGUGAAAUGGCAAAAUUAAGUGGAUCAAUCCUUGCUUUGAAUUAUUUUCAAAUAAACAAUACGUGUCAAUUAUUCAUUCCCGAUAAUAAUUCACUUGUAGUUCAAUACUAUUUCAAUUCUUCGGUUAUGUUUUAUAAUCAGUCAUUCGUAUCGAUAAUCGCACAACCGGUUUGCAACCCAAAUUGUCAAAAUAAUGGUACCUGUUCUUUGACUGGUCUGUGCAUUUGCACACCACAGUGGAAUGGAACACAAUGUGCAAUACCUAUCUGUACAAUUCCGUGCGAAAAUUCGGGAGUUUGUACUGCUCCGAACAUAUGCACCUGCUCCUACGGUUGGACAGGCAUGUAUUGUCAAAUAGUAAAAACUGUUCUAUGGGCAUUUGAUGGUACAUUAUAUGAUACUAGUAAUCAAUUUGUAGGUAUUAGUUCGAGUUCUGCAACGUAUGUAACUGGCAUAAAUGGUUAUGGUACAGCUCUCGCAUUGGAUGGUAAUAUCGCUAAAUGUGUUAAUGUUUAUCCGUAUUUGAAUAUGAGCUACGCAAGUUUUACUUGGGAGCUUUGGAUUUAUCCAACAGUAAUACCGGCGAAUGAUAGUACGUUCAUUAGUCAAUGCAGAAAUACGACUCUUUCUAGGCAAUGUUUAAUAUUAACCGCAAGGAAUGACAUGAUGUGGUUUACAUUUUCGAACAAUAGUCUUAGUGGUACUACAAAUAUUCCUGCGUAUGCAUGGUCUCAUCUGGCAUUUGUUUAUGAUGACACAUCAAACAAAAGAUCCAUGUACCGUAAUGGUAUUUUAGAAGCUACUCAAGUUAUGAUGGCAUCUCUUCAAACAACUUCGACAAAUGUGGUAUUCGGUUGUCGCACGACGAUUGACGGCAACUCCUAUAAAUACCCUUUCGUUGGGUAUAUGGAUCAAGUGUUAUAUAAUUCCCGAAUGAAAAAUGCAAGCGAGAUUCUAGAUGAUGCUACACUAGUUUUUUACUUUCCUUUUCGUUCUUCUACGCCAUUGAUUGACUCAGGCCCUAACCUAAUCAAUGGAAGUUGGGGUAAUGGUACUGCAUCGAUAGCCUCUGGUGUUGUUGAUCAGGCAGUGAAUUUUUCCGUCUCUGGAUCGUAUUUUCGAGUGACAGGUCUUGUUCUACUGGGCACUUCAAAUUGGCCCUUCUCACUGUCAGUUUGGUUCAAGACGAAUUCAUUGGAUGGUGGCGGCACUAUUGCUCAUCUUUCUGCGACCGCUUCAGGAACGGGGUGGUGCAUUCGAUUCAUGGGAUUAACGGCUACCGGGGCACUUGAACUACAAAUUUUCAAUGGUGUUUCUAAUCUUGUCAUUAGUGGACCAAUUAUGCCUAUCAAUGUCUGGAUUCAUGUUGUUUAUACAUUUUCAUCAAGCAAUGGAGUGGGAUUGUAUAUAAACGGAACUCUUUAUACAUUGAAGGCAACUUCAUAUUCAGCUAGUGGCUCCCUAGACACACUUAUCUUUGGAAAUCCACUUGGAGGUACCUCUUGUGGGUCGUCAUAUCCAAACAAACAAUUCUAUGGAAGUCUUGAUGAAAUCCGAUUGUACUCCCGAGAGUUGACAUCAAAUGAAAUUACACAAUUAUAUUUAAAUCCAUGA